CGCGGCAGCCCCGGGUGGCGCCCGGAGCCAGGUGCGGUUUGGCCCUCCCGGGGCGCCGUAGGCGGGACGGUCGCGCCCUCCCCGCGCUCAGUUGUCGCCUGAGGUAACGGCCGCGGGAGCUCCGGGACACAGCCCGAGGCGGGGAGCCAUGGACGGGGUGUCGGGGGAAGACACGUGGAGAUGCCGAGGAUGUGGUGACUACGUCCCUGUGGCCCAGAGACUGUAUCGAACAGUGAGUGAAGUCUGGCACACGUCUUGUUUUCGGUGUUCAGAAUGUCAGGAUCCUCUCACCAACUGGUACUAUGAAAAGGACGGGAAGCUUUAUUGCCACAAGGAUUACUGGGGGAAGUUUGGAGAAUUCUGCCAUGGAUGCUCACUGCUCAUGACUGGGCCUGCCAUGGUAGCUGGAGAAUACAAGUAUCACCCAGAAUGCUUUGCUUGCAUGAGCUGUAAGGUGAUCAUUGAAGAUGGAGAUGCAUACGCCCUGGUUCAGCAUUCCACUCUGUACUGUGGGAAGUGCCACAAUGAGGUGGUGCUCACACCCAUGUUUGAGAGGCUCUCCACCGAGUCUGUCCAUGACCAGCUGCCUUAUUCCGUCACACUCAUCUCCGUGCCAGCCACCACCGAAGGCAAGAGGGGCUUCUCUGUGUCCGUCGACAGUGCCUGCUCCGACUAUGCCACUACCGUACAAGUGAAUGAGGUCAGCCGAAUGCACAUCAGCCCCAACAUCCGGAAUGCCAUCCACCCUGGGGAUCGGAUCCUGGAGAUCAAUGGGACCCCCGUGCGAACCCUGCGGGUGGAGGAGGUAGAGGACAUGGUUAACAAGACGAGCCAGACCCUGCAGCUCCUGAUUGAGCAUGACCCCGUCUCCCAGCGCCUGGAUCACCUCCGCUUAGACACCCGACUUUCCCCCCACAUGAAGACCGUCGGGGCCCCUCAUGCCAGGAGCACCCUGGAGGUGAAGGAGAACCUGGAUGGGACCCUGCGGAGGCGAUCUCUCAGGCGCAGUAACAGUAUCUCCAAGUCCCCAGGUCCCUGUUCCCCAAAGGAGCCUUUGCUGCUCAGCCGGGACAUCAGCCGCUCAGAAUCCCUGCGCUGCUCCAGCAGCUACUCACAGCAGAUCUUCCGGCCCUGCGACUUGACCCACGGAGAGGUCCUGGGGAAGGGCUUCUUUGGACAGGCCAUCAAGGUGACACACAAGGCUACUGGCAAGGUCAUGGUUAUGAAGGAGUUAAUCCGGUGUGACGAGGAGACCCAGAAGACUUUCCUAACAGAGGUGAAGGUCAUGAGAGGCCUAGACCAUCCCAACGUGCUCAAGUUCAUUGGGGUCCUUUACAAGGACAGGAAGCUGAACCUACUGACAGAAUACAUCGAGGGAGGCACCCUGAAGGACUUCCUGCGCAGUGUGGACCCGUUUCCCUGGCAACAGAAGGUCAGCUUUGCCAAAGGAAUCGCCUCGGGGAUGGCCUAUCUGCACUCCAUGUGCAUCAUUCACCGAGAUCUGAACUCCCACAACUGUCUCAUCAAGCUGGAUAAAACUGUUGUGGUGGCUGAUUUUGGCCUCUCGAGGCUCAUCGUGGAGGAGAGGAAGAAGCCCUGCUCAGAGAAGGCUUCCACCAAGAAGCGCACCCUGCGCAAGAGUGACCGCAAAAAGCGCUACACAGUGGUGGGGAACCCCUACUGGAUGGCCCCCGAGAUGCUCAAUGGAAAGAGCUACGAUGAGACCGUGGAUGUCUUCUCCUUUGGCAUAGUGCUCUGUGAGAUCAUCGGGCAGGUGUAUGCUGACCCUGACUGUCUCCCCCGAACACUGGACUUUGGCCUCAAUGUUAAGCUUUUCUGGGAGAAGUUUGUGCCCACAGACUGUCCCCCAGCUUUCUUUCCCCUUGCCGCCAUCUGCUGUAAACUGGAGCCUGAAAGCAGACCCCCAUUCUCCAAACUGGAAGAUUCCUUUGAAGCACUUUGUCUGUACCUGGGAGAGCUGGGGAUCCCCCUGCCCUCGGAACUGGAGGAGCUGGACCACGACGUGAGUGUGCAGUACGGGCUGAGCCGAGACUCCCUUUCCUAAGCUCCCCCCGGCCACCAACAGUGUGGAAGGAGAAGCGCGGCAGCCCAGCCACCUGCAGGGCGGCCCAGGGCACCGCUGCCCAUUUCUGGAGCAGUGACCCAACCCGUUUGGCCACACGGAGGUUUCCGGUGGAUCCAUGGCUCCCUUUGAGAGCGGAAAAGGCCAUUUUCUGCUACUACCUCCUCCUCUGGAGGAAAACGUGCCCAACACUACUGCUCAGGAGAUAGAGCUUGGGGGGCAUGCGGGGUGCCCCUUCACUGUCUCCAGACUCAACCCUCAACUGCAAGCUGUGAAGAAAUGCCCCCACUCCUGGCCUGGGCAAAUCGGCCACUUUGGGACUGGCUGGGAACUGGGCUUCUGGGACAAGGAAGCCUGCUGCCUCUUUGAGGGGCUUCCGACCCCAGUGCAUCGGAGGAGAGUUCCCCUCCUCCCUGGGUCAGAUGCCUGAACUGCCCACUCCCUCGGGGCCUGGUCUUGUUGCUGUGGUGGACUUGUGGGAGUGAAGCGUGGCUGGUGUGGUGCUGCCCUGUCUGCCCUCCCCUGCAGGGAAUUUCCCAGACUGUGAGAGGUCAUCUCUGUGACUUUACCAGCCUGUGUGUGAGCCUUCUAGCAGGCCUCAGAGUCUCCAACACCUCGACUAACCCAGGGGUCUCGACAUUGCAGAGAAGACCAGGCCUCUCCCUGGGAACCUAAUCAUGGGGGUGCCCCUUUCCCCAAGGCAGGCUCUGCAGCAGGAAGCUCAGAAAGCCCCUUAUGACGGUGGCCAGGGCCAGCUGCUAGCAGACCCGGCCAUAAGACUGCAAGAGACCCGAGGCUGAUGCCCAGGCAGACGGUCCUGUCCCUGGGCACCUCCAGCACGAUGGGGGGACCCUCAUGCUGAUGAAAUCAUCUUCAGCCCUCUGGGGCGGUGAGGGAAGCAGAAACCCCACCUGAAACUUAGCGAGGGACAUGAGCCCCCGAAGCAAGGCCAGCUCACCCUCUCAGACUCCCGGUGCCCUUUCCCUGGCCGGCCUGGAGCUCAGCCCCUCACUCAUGGUGGUAGAUCCCCAGCAAGGCUGCUCCUCCCAAAAAUGGAUCCAAAGGAGCAGCCGUGCAGCCGGAGUGGCCUGCUCUGGUGAUGGACCUCCAGGUAGACACUCUGCUUAAACAGUCAGGGGAUCGGGGCUGGGGUGACUGAGAUGGGGGGACAAAAACAUGUGAAAUAGUGCUCAGAGGCCUGGUGGAUUGUGGGACUGCUUGUGUUGCCUUUUUUUCUAAUGAGUUGUGUAGAGUGGCUGUAGGCCUCAGGGGACUCCUCGGGGCAGGAUGUGCUAGGCCUGAUGGGGAGGAGAGGCCCUUAGCAAAGUCGGAUGGGAGAAGAAACUGGCCUGAACCCUCUCCUUCCCAGAGAGGGCAAGAGCCAGGCUGCUUCAGGGCAAGUGUGAAGAGGGGCACCACCCCAGGCAGCGGGGUCAGCUUCAAGAAAUGAAGCCGCAAGUGUAGCCGAUGGAAACAAUAUUAAAAUGAUUUGGGCUGUGGAUCA